AUGAACUGCCCAAGCGAUCGUGUCGAGUCCUCAGGCAAGAGCCGAAUCGCCAGCUACCUCACCAAGCGCGACGACGGGGUCGAGAACGUGGAUCAUAACGUCUCCGACUCCGAUAACAGCGACGAAGAGAGCGAUGUGAAGACAUGCGAGGUGGUGUUGGCGCCGCGCACUGCCAAGUCGCAGACCGUGGCGGUAUCCACGAACGUGACGCUGGUGGACUCGGUGUCGUCGCGCGCUGUGGUGGCGGAGGUGUGGCAUGUGGUUCGGAGCAUCCUCGAUCCUCGGUCUCUGGUGUCGUCGGCGGUGAUGUCGCAGCUGUUGGUGGUGGAGAGCUGA